AUGUCUUCUAUCACAAGAGCCGUUACAUCCAGGCUCAGCGAGUUCACCAAUGGACGGCAGAGGCUCACUUCAGAAAAACAAGCGGUUACACCUGGUCAAUUCAACUAUAUCAUUCCGCCAGAGAUUAUUUGGGAAGAGUAUCAGGCACAGAAACAGGAACCCCUGAAAGUGGAAGUCGAACCGGAAGCAAAGGUAGAAGUGGAACUUCCUGAGAAAAAGACGAGCCCCAGCAUUUUCUCACAAAAGAUGAGCGCCGUCGUUCGCAAGUUAUCGCCAUUCAGCGACGAUAGUUCGUCGUCGACAUCAAAGGAAAAGGACCCGGGGUUGGCCGCUGUGGUGGAAGAUGAAAAGUCGGCGAAAAAGAACGGACGUUUUAAAGAAACGAAACAGAAAAUGGAACGAUUCAAAAAGUUGCGCCGGUCCAAAGAUCGCCAGCAAUUGAUCGAGUCUAGUGACGAUGAAAGCUAAUUUUCUGAUUGUUUUUUUUGACAAUUGUAUUUUAUUUUUUAUUAACAAUCCCCACGAAUACACAGGUGUUUUGCCGUUUUUAGAUGCGAUUUUGAUAUCACUAAAAUAAUCGCAAUUUUUACACAUUCAUAAGUAUUUUUAAACUCGCAAAAUACCGGUGUAGUCUAUGUGUCCUUUCAAAGUUUGAUUUCCAGAAAUUACGCCAAAUUCUUGUGACGCCACUUUGCAAAUUGCAAAUUUCUCCCCAAUUCCUGGAGUCGAACGGGAAGAGACACUCUGACGUGACCCCCUAAUGCGUGUGCUUUACCGAAAUUCCAACUAACAACUAAUUAUCACAAGACGUUAUUUUUACCUUUAUUAAAAGUGCACUGUUUGAUUAAUAGAGUGCAUUUUCAAAAAAAACGUUCUCUUCCUCUGUCUUAGCCAAAUUUGUGAAUACUUUGUUUAGAAAUAUAAGACCCAUUUAUUUGAAAAAUUGAAACUGAUGUGAAUUAUGUAUAUUAAUAAAUGAUUGAACUUU